ACUUACCCCUGGAUAUCUGGAUACUGCUCUGACUGUUUCUUCACCAAAGAGUAACAACGACGUCAGCUCUAUUUUGGCUGAUUUGUAUAAUUUACAGAAAACGGCUUUUUCACACUUUACUCUAAAAAUACACACAGAGUGGGAUUUAUUUAUAUGGCAAUAAUUUGCUCUUUAUUUGUACAGAAUCAUAGAAGUCACAUCACAUACAGGAAAUACACAAACACGCUUCUUUUUUCUACUGACAUUCACACACCGCUAGGAUGUGGUCCUGCAUAACCGACUUCUUCACCUACGAAACCACCAAAUCAGUGGUCGUGAAGAGCUGGACCAUCGGCAUCAUCAACCGCGUCGUCCAACUUCUCAUCAUCACUUACUUCAUCGGGUGGGUCUUUGUCAAUGAGAAGGCCUACCAGGUGAGAGACACAGCUAUUGAAUCAUCAGUGAUGACCAAAGUCAAAGGUUUUGGAAUAUACAAUAACAAGGUCAUGGAUGUUGCAGACUACGUCACUCCUACACAGGGAGCUUCAGUCUUCUGCAUCAUUACUAAACUGAUUACUACUGAGAACCAAGUCCAGGGAUACUGUCCUGAGAGUGAGAAGAAGUAUAAUUGUACCAAGGACAGUGACUGCUCGAGACAGCGCAAUAAACCAGGAAGUUAUGGAAUACUUACCGGCAAAUGUGUUCCUUUCAAUGCCACGCUAAAAAUGUGUCAGAUAAAAGGAUGGUGUCCUGCUGAGAUCGACACCAUCAAGACAACGCCAAUGAUGGAAGUAGAGAAUUUCACCAUUUUCAUUAAGAAUAGCAUCCGCUUCCCAACCUUCAACUAUACAAAAGGGAACUUCCUUCCUACUAUCACGGACGAAUACAUCCAAAGAUGUAACUUUGACAUGGUCAACAACACCUACUGCCCCAUCUUCAGAGUGGGAGAUGUCGUCCGCUACGCGCAGCAGAACUUCACCAAACUGGCAAAAAAGGGAGGCGUUAUUGGAAUAAAGAUCGGAUGGAUGUGUGAUCUGGACAAAUCAGACGAUCAGUGUAACCCCUCUUACUCCUUCACGCGACUUGAUGCCAUGUCAGAGAAGAAUGCUGUCUCACCAGGCUACAAUUUCAGGUUUGCCAAGUAUUACAAGAUGGAGAAUGGGACAGACUACCGCACUCUGGUGAAAGCCUAUGCUAUUAGGUUCGAUGUCCUGGUUAAUGGAAACGCAGGGAAGUUCAACAUGAUCCCCACACUCAUCAACAUGGUGGCAGCCUUCACAUCAGUGGGAGUGGGAACAGUGCUGUGUGACAUCAUACUGCUGAACUUCCUGAAAGGAGCGGAGCAGUACAAAGCCAAGAAAUUUGAAGAGGUGUCGGACAGCCCGAUGGACACCGAAAGAAACGGGCUUUACCGCUCACAGCUUUCACUCAGACAUAACGAGACCAUCAUGAGGUCCAGUGAUUCAGGGGCAUUUUCUAUUGAACAUUACAGCUAAAUGGACAGAGGAUGACAUCCAAUGGUCAGGGAGUACUGCCUUAAGGAAAACAAAUGUGGAUUGGGUUUCCUAAAAUAUGUCAAUUAUCUACCUUUUAUAAAUUUUACUCAUUCAUGGCAGUUUGUAUAUUACACAGAAUAUCUGUAUUUCACAUAUAUUUCAAUGUUUAAAAACAUCAGAGGACCUGUUGCAAUGUUGCCCAUACAUUUAAUUUCACACGAUUCAAAA